AUGGGAUCUGUUACGAAGGGCUUGGAAAUGUUCCGGUAUUGGUUGAAGGUGAUGAUGAAGUGCAGCUUCUGGACAACUUCUCCACAAGGCGCUUGUUAUGAGGCUUUGUCAGGUACUCAAAAUGAAUGUGUUUUUCAUAAGUUUUUAUGGAAGAAAACAAUCCCGCAGAAAGGUAGCUUUCUGUUAUGGGCAAUCUUCAAUAACUCAUUGCCAACCAGGGACAUGUUGCAUCACAUAGGUGUGACAGUGGAUAGUUUAGAUUGUGUAAUGUGUAACAAUGAGGGUGAAUCUGUGGAUCACCUGUUUAUGCAUUGGGAUACAACCUUCGCAGUAUGGGACUAUUUUAUCAAAGCGUUUCACAUUUCCUGGCCUAUGCCUUCAACUGUCAUGCAAUUGUUCGAAGCCUGGAACUGGAAUGUACAACAAGGAAGAUGCAAGGAAGUUUGGAGCUUGUUUCAUUAUGCUCUUAUAUGGAACAUAUGGAAGGAGAGGAAUAGCAGGGUCCAUGGGGGGAGGCCAAAGAAGGUGUAUGAGAUUAGCCUCCUCAUCGACGUUGGUUCUGUGGAGUUGUGA